UAAAAAUAAUAUAAAGUAUUUUACGUUAAACGUCACAAAACAAAUAAUCUACGAUGUUAUCUUUUCGAUUUUCAUAUAUUCGAGGACAUAGGGGUAGUAUUCGUAAGUACUGUGAUAGUUCAUGUGCCCAAAAUGUUCAGUGUCCCCCUUGUCCUCCACCUACUCCAAGAAGAAUACCGUAUCCAACAGACCCUCGGGCAACCACGCCACCAUUUUACUGCACUCCAAGAACUAAAUACGACGUUAACUUUAUCUACGUAAAUGAUAAGCCUCCUUCAACUGAUCUAAAGAGUUUCGUGGACAGAGUAGCCCAGGCUGUAUUUUGGAGAGAGAUAAUAACAGGAUUUGCUGUGACAUUGGCUCAUAUCUUCAAGGAACCAGCAACAAUCAAUUAUCCAUUUGAAAAAGGUCCUCUGUCACCACGUUUUAGGGGUGAGCAUGCUCUGAGAAGAUAUGCUUCAGGUGAAGAAAGAUGCAUUGCAUGCAAGUUAUGCGAAGCAAUAUGUCCUGCACAGGCCAUUACUAUCGAAGCUGAAGAGAGAUCAGAUGGGUCUCGUAGGGCCACUAGAUACGAUAUAGAUAUGACAAAAUGUAUUUUUUGUGGCUAUUGUCAAGAGGCUUGCCCCGUAGAUGCAAUAGUCGAAGGUCCUAAUUUUGAAUACAGCACUGAAACUCGCGAAGAACUCCUUUACAAUAAAGAGAAGUUACUGAGUAAUGGUGAUCGGUGGGAACCAGAAAUUAUUAGCAAUAUUCGGGAUAAUCAUCUGUAUCGAUAAUGCUUUCUUUUUUUUUAUAAUUAGAGUCUUAAUAAAAUUUUAUUCAUAUUAA